AUGUGCUUGCACGUCUAUACUCACUUCACAUGUGGCUGCGUGGGCAUGACCACCGUGACCUGCUUCAAGAGUCAGAACGAGUUGCACGUACUGUUCUGCGAUGAUUACAACUGCUAUCGAGAGGUCCGCGAUGGUUUCUGUCAUUAUCUGCAUUUUCCUCAGUACGUUCCGAGACCUCUCGCGCCUGCUACGCCGAUGCCUGAUACUCAUCAAACUACGGAAGCGGAACUCUCAAGGAGACAUUCGCCCCUAGACCCGCUAAGAUAUGAAAGGCUACAGCGACACAGCCGCGUGGAGGCUUUCCGGGAUGGAAUGGCCAUGGCUGCUAUUGAGGAGGAGCUACGGGAUAUCGACCGUUGGGAAUUGCAUAACAAGACACAGGCAGCGGAACGAAAGCAUGCCGUCCUAGAAAAUUUGGAACAAGUUGGAGCAUUGGUCGAAGGAGAACAAAUGUUUGGAAGACGUGGCCAAAUGGGCCAGACGGGACAACAGAACGCAAACACUCAUGAAGUUGGGCCAAGUUAUCCCGGCCGAUCACCAAUGGCAAUGCAGCAGCAGAGCGGUCAAGUUGUCGGUGGAGCAUUGCAUGGUCCUCAGCUGGGUUACCAGCCUCCUGUACCAGUCAUGGCUCAAGUUCCACAAAUGUGUGGACAUGCGAGCGGCGGGCACCCACAGCGGGAAAUAAGGGAGUCUCAACAGGGAGGGCACCCCGGAUAUAACGUAUCAGCGGAGUCCGGACGGAAUAUCGCGACAGAAGGUAAAAGGCUGGAGGAGAAUGGUUAUGAGCAAGAAAAGGAACUGGGUAUGGAGACAUGAUACAGGAACAAGCUUAGCAAGGAGGAUGAUAUCUUUGCUGGACACUGGCCAUGGGUGGUCAUCAGGAUCAGAUGCUGAAAAUCUGGCUGGGCGACGAGCAAGACUGCGAAAUUGAUUAUUCAGUCCUUCCCGAUCGAAGGGAUUCGUGGAUUGAUAAAUUGCCCAUGGCAUUUGGUGGGAUUAAAUUGACGAAUAUAGCGUCCUCUCUUAGAUUUAGGUGCGUUAUCCUUUGUUGAAAGCGUCGUUAUACCGGUCAAAAUCCAUCUUAUCCAGCUGUCGCGCCAAUUGAGCCAUGGGUUCUUCUGCACCCG